GUUGUGUUAGUUCUGUUUCCUGUCUGUCAGGUGGUGGAAGUAAACGUGUAAUAGCGGAAUAUUUACUACUUCGCGCUGUGUCUAUCAUGUAUCCUGCUUUUGAAGAUGCCGGCAAAGAACCCGGUCUUCUCAUCUGGAGAAUAGAGAACUUUGAAGCUGUUCCGUAUCCAAAAGAGAACUAUGGCAAGUUCUACUCAGGAGACUCAUAUAUUAUACUCUUCACAAAGAAGAAUGGUAGUGACUUCAGCUGGGAUAUUCACUUCUGGCUAGGAAGUGACACUGCACAAGAUGAAGCUGGUGCAGCUGCUAUUUUGUCAGUGGAGUUGGAUGACUCACUGGGUGGGGCCCCUGUGCAGCACCGUGAGGUGCAGGAGCACGAGUCUCAGCUAUUCCUCUCUCACUUCAAGUCUGGUAUUCGAUACCUGCCUGGGGGAGUGGCCAGUGGAUUUCACCAUGUGGAUCCUGAUGCAGUAGAAAAGAAGCUGUUUCAAGUUAAGGGUAAACGAAAUGUUCGAGUCAGACAGGUGAAUCUAAGUGCUGCAGCAAUGAACAAAGGUGACUGCUUUAUCUUGGAUGCUGGGAAACAGAUCUUUGUGUAUGUGGGUCAGAAGAGCAAAAAAACAGAACGACUGAAGGCCAUUAGUGCUGCCAACCAAAUCAGAGACCAAGACCAUGCUGGCAGAGCUGAAGUUCACAUCAUAGAUGAAUACAGUAGUCAGCCUGAGACUUGUCGUUUCUUUGAGGAGCUUGGUUCAGGCUCACCAGAUGAAGUUGCUGAUGAAACAGUAGGUGGAGAUGAUGCAGAGUUUGAGAAGAAACAAGAGGCUGUUGUAGUACUAUACCGUGUAAGCGAUUCAAGUGGAGAGGUGACUGUGGACAAAGUUGCAGAGAAACCGCUCCAUCAAGAUAUGCUGAAGUCGACUGAACUUGACAGACAGGACUGCUAUAUUUUGGACACAGUCACGUCUGGGAUCUUUGUUUGGAUUGGCAAGCAUUGUACAAAAGAUGAGAAGGUAGAGGCCAUGAAGUUAGCUCAGAAGUUCCUUGCCACAAACAACUACCCAGUAUGGACAAAGAUCCAAAGAAUAGUAGAAGAUGGAGAGCCUUCUGCAUUCAAGCAGUAUUUCAGUGGUUGGAGGGAAGCAGAAGAUCAGAUUGGACUAGGGCGAGUCUUCACACUGGAACAAAUUGCAGCUAGUAUGCCAGAACCAGACUUUGACCCAAGUAGUCUGCAUGCUGGGAAACUCCGCUCCCUGGCUAAGAGUGGUGGCAAAGCCUUUGGAUUCAUGCCUGAUGAUGGAUCUGGUAAUGUUGAAAUAUUCCGUAUUGAGAACUUUGAACUGACACCAGUGGAUCCAGCUACAUAUGGCAUGUUCUUUGGUGGAGAUUCCUAUGUUAUCAAGUAUACAUAUGAAAAGAAUGGACGUCAGAACUAUGUUAUCUAUUUCUGGCAGGGUCAAGACAGUACACAGGAUGAGAGAACAGCAUCUGCAGUCCAUACUGUGCAAAUGGAUAGUAAACUGGGAGGAAGGGCUGUACAAGUUCGAGUUACCCAGGGCCAUGAACCACGUCACUUCUUGCGAAUCUUCAAAGGCAAGAUGGUAGUCUUCCUGGGUGGUAAAGCCAGUGGUUUCCGCAACCUUCGUGACCAUGAUACAUAUGAUGCUGAUGGUACAAGACUUUUCCAGGUACGAGGCACCUGUCCUGAUGAUGUGAGAGCAGUGCAAGUACGUGAGGUGCCAUCUUCCCUUAAUUCUGAUGAUGUUUUCAUUCUUGAAACUCCAAAUGCAAGCUAUCUGUGGAUUGGAAAGGGUGCAAAUGAUGAGGAGAAAGAAAUGGCACAGACUGCAGUACAUCUUUUGGACCCAGUCCAUGCGCCUAUAACAGUUAAUGAAGGAGAUGAACCUUCAGAGUUCUGGAGUUCACUGGGAGGAGAAGGUGAAUAUAAGAAAGGAUAUGAUGGCCGGGGCAGACCACUGCUGGUUCCACGCUUAUUCCAUUGCCAUGUGUCUCCAGCUGGAAAACUCCAAGUUGAAGAAAUCACACAUUUCAAGCAAGAGGAUCUUGAUGAAGAUGAUGUUAUGGUUCUGGACUCUGGAGAUGAGAUCUAUGUUUGGUUUGGAAACAAGGCUUCUGAAGAUGAAAGACAGAUGGGUUUGAAGAUGGCUGAGGAGUAUCUCAAAAGUGAUCCAACUGAUAGAAGUCACGAACUAACACCCAUCUUCACACUGAAGCAGGGUGAUGAACCUGUCAGCUUCACAUCCUUAUUUCCAAGUUGGAAUGCCAGUCUGUGGGAGUCUCUGCCAUCUUAUGAAGAUAUGAAGAAUAAAGUUGCUGCAGAAAAUGCCACCAUUCGGACUGAAUAAUUAACUGAGAAUAGCAGACUAACCACAUUUGUGCUCACUAAAUCAGAUGCCUCUUUGCAGUCAGAGACUGAACAUGGUAUUAAUAUGAAGAAUUUAAUUUUGUUGCUUGAUUUAUUAACAUGACUUUGCGAAUUACUUAUUUUUUUAUUAAUUCUGCUUGUAACAUUAUUGUGUUUCAAAUUAAAAAUAUGCUUGUAUGUUAUCAAGAUAUUUACCAAUAAAGACAAUGUAUUUUGAUUUU